GUUCUCAAUAUAUAUACAUAACAUAACAAGGUGAGAUCGAGUAAAGAUAUUGAAGGACAAACAUAAAAGAAACAAAACCUCUAUUCCUUUUCCACUUCCCUUUUCUCCCUUAGCUUCAUCAAGAAUCAAUGGCUUCUACUCUUACUACUACGCCAACUCCAACUCAUGAUGUUGAUCAUAUAACAAGUGGUGACACCACAUUGCCAACCACAAUUUUCAGGCCACCACCGACACGCCGGAGUCCAUCAUCUCUCUCUUCUUCUCCAUCUCACUCUUCCAACUCUUCCUUUGGAUCAUCACUCUCUUUCCAUGACAUUCUUGAUGAUCAUAACAAUUCCCCUAUUAGCCCUACAACUCCUCUUCAUUUCCCUAAAGGGGUACCCUUUUCUUGGGAGAAGAUCCCUGGAAUACCAAAACAAGUAUUUUCCAAGAAAAAUAUAAAUAAUAGCACUACUACUUCUCUAGGGCAACUUCUUCCACUAAUGCCACCACCAGCUGGAAAUAAUAAUGGAAAGAAUAUUUCAAAUUAUUCAUCCAAGAAAAUUAGUAGUGCUAGUUUUCUUGAUGAGAUUUCUCCAAGAAAAUCUGCUGCUAAAAGUUUUAGAAAGGAUCCAUUUUUUGCUGCAUUUGUGGAGUGUUCCAAGGAUGAUAAUCAGCAAUAUCAACAUGAUGACAUUUGGAAAAAUUCUUCUUCAAAGGUACCAUCAAUAAGAAGUUUAAGUGAUAGAUUUGGAUUCAUUAGCAUGUAUACUUCUUGCAAAAGAACUUGUACAGUUUCUGAAUCCAUUGUUUAUCUUCCAAGAUCAAGAAAUUAUAGUAGGAAGCAGUACUAGAUCACGAGUCAAAGUCCUGUCCUACAUCUAUCGGCGGAGUCGGAAUUUGAAGUUUAUUAGUUGUGGACUUACAUGCCAUAGAAUCCAUUGCUCGUUGUAGUUACUGGGACGCAAUUAAAUAUGUAUACAUUUUUAAUAAUGUAUUUCCUAAUACAGAUACAGAGUCCAAGCAAAAGCUACCGGCCCUGUCUACUUAUAGGUUAGUUAAUUAAGUCUUACUAUUUCGCGUUCAGUUAUUAAUGCAUAGUUAUUUUUAUGAAAUUAUUUUUUAGCCUAUGGUUUCCUAUUUUUCUUUCCAUUUUUUUUGGAUUUUAUGUAAUGCAACAUGAGGACAAGUCAAUGUGUUUGUCCAACAUUAAUUAAUGGAGAAGUACAAUUAUGGGUAUGUUAUUUA